AUGCUCAACCCAUUACGUUCGCCGUCCAGCACCAACAUUCAUCCAAAUGCUCGAUGGCAACAGAAUGGUAUCACUGUGGCUGGAGGAAAUCGACAAGGCAAUGGAAUCAAUCAACUCUCUUACCCAUGGGGUUUGUAUGUUGAUGAUGAUCAAACUGUCUAUGUCGCUGAUACAUCGAAUCAUCGUAUUGUGGAAUGGAAAUGGGGUGCGACGAGUGGCCAAGUGGUUGCCGGUGGAAAUGGACAAGGAAGUGGGGCUCAUCAGUUGUCUUACCCAUAUGAUGUGAUUGUCGACAAAGAGAGAGAGAGUCUCAUCAUAUGCGAUUAUUCGAAUCGAAGAGUGGUUCGAUGGCCUCGUCGAAAUGGGACAAGUGGAGAAACAAUCAUCUCCAACAUCGAUUGUUGGGGUUUGACAAUGGACGAGAAUGGAUCUCUCUAUGUCAUUGACAUUGGAAAACAUGAAGUGAGACGAUAUCAAAGAGGAGAAUCUCAAGGAACAGUGGUUGCAGGUGGCAAUGGAAGUGGAAAUCGUCUCGAUCAACUCUCUCGCCCACAUUACGUAUUCGUCGAUCGAGAUCAUUCAGUAUACGUGUCUGAUUGGGAAAAUGAUCGUGUGAUGAAAUGGGUGGAAGGUGCAAAACAAGGCAUUGUCGUGGCUGGUGGUCAAGGACAAGGAAAUGGUCUUACACAAUUGUAUUAUCCUCAAGGAGUCGUUGUCGAUCAAUUGGGCACUGUCUAUGUGGCUGANGAAAUUAAGAUUCGACGAUCAAAUCGUUUUCAUAGAUCAGCUUUAUAUUGGUCAACUUGCAUGUUUUUCAGUAAGUAG